CGUGAAAACAGCGCUCGAUGUUUCCCACCCCCCCAAAAAAAAAUCCAAACCCAAACCAACCACCUACCUGGAUAAUUAAAACGGUUUUUGGCAGUAUCCAGUGUUACUAAGGCUGAUUGAAUUCCUACUACCAGUCCUAUUCCCAGAGGCAGCUUUUCCAAGGUGAUUGCUGACACGGGAGAUGGUUACUGCUACGGGUAAAGACCAUCUUUAAAAGGGAACAUGGAUUUAAUAAACACAACUGAACAAAACAGUACAUCAGAAGAACCUUUCAAAUGGGCGACAUCCAAGAUUCUCAUUUCCAUUACCCUGUCUGUGCUGGCUCUAAUGACAACGGCCAUCAAUUCUCUCGUGAUGACUGCAAUAAUUGUGACAAGAAAGCUCCACCACCCCGCCAACUAUCUCAUCUGCUCUCUUGCAGUGACUGACUUCCUUGUGGCAGUGCUGGUGAUGCCCUUCAGCAUUGUCUACAUCGUGAAGGAGACCUGGAUCAUGGGGCAGGUGGUGUGUGACAUUUGGCUGAGCGUGGACAUCACGUGCUGCACUUGUUCCAUCCUGCACCUCUCUGCCAUUGCUUUGGACCGGUACCGAGCGAUCACGGAUGCCGUGGAAUACGCCCGGAAAAGGACACCUAAGCACGCUGGCAUCAUGAUAGCAGUUGUAUGGAUCAUAUCCAUUUUUAUCUCCAUGCCACCUUUGUUUUGGAGGCACCAGACAACCAGCAGGGAGGACGAAUGCAUCAUCAAACACGACCACAUCGUUUUCACCAUUUACUCCACAUUUGGCGCCUUCUACAUCCCGCUGGCCUUGAUCCUGAUCCUGUACUACAAGAUCUACAAAGCAGCAAAGACAUUUCACAGGAGAAGCGUGAGCCGGAUCGUGAGGGAGGAGGGGGUGAACGGACAAGUCCUUUUGGACACAGGUGAAAGAAGCACCAAAUCAGCUUCAAUGCCCAGCACAACAGAGAAGACUUCAGAUCCCCUGGUGAGCUCUGAUAAAAUCAACAUCACCCUACGAAGUCCCAGGUCUGAAUCCAAGCACGAGAAGUCCUGGAAAAAACAGAGAAUCUCCAGCACAAGAGAGCGAAAGGCAGCGACGACGCUGGGUUUGAUCCUGGGGGCAUUUGUGAUCUGCUGGCUCCCAUUUUUUGUAAAAGAAGUAGUUGUUAAUACCUGUGACACAUGUCACAUCUCAGAGGACAUGUCUAAUUUCCUGGCAUGGCUGGGAUAUAUAAACUCCCUUAUUAACCCUUUAAUCUACACAAUCUUUAAUGAAGAUUUCAAGAAAGCCUUCCAGAAGCUUGUACGGUGCGGGCAAUACCUUUAAGAGCUUUUGUUCAUAUAAGGAGAACACAUUCAUUGUUUUUUAACCUGUAUAAAUUUAUAUAACUGAGAUGGCAUUUGUUGUAUUUAAGGCAAAGCACCAGGACUCUGUAUUUGCAUUAUAAUGACUUGUUUUGUAUAGGUAAUAUUGGGAGCAUUAAUUGCCCAAGUUUUAAAGAGGUGGAUCAUCUGGGAUUGGUUUUGCUCUAGAAAAAGAGGUAGCUCUGAUCCAGUUGGGAUUUGCACAGCUGCCUAGCUUGAAGCAUAAGGUAUUACCUUAAAUAUGAAGGAAAUAUGCACUUGAAGUAGAUGAAGAAACAAAACUUUUUAAAAAGUAACCCUCAGUCAUCAAUGAAAUCUUAAGUAAAACAACACACACAUUUUAAACCCUACUGAUAUAAAAUAGAAAAUACACCAUGGAAUGACAACAUGAUUUUAACAGUCUGGCACAGGCCUGCAGCAUAGAGCCAAGUCAUUCUCAGCCAAGGGUAGUAGCUUUAAAUAUAUCUACCAUCAUCCUAAGUCAGUGACUGCAGCCCUGCCUUGUGCCAUAGGUGGACUUCCCUGUGUUACACAGCAUCCCAGCAGCAGGCACAGGGCUCUCAUGGCUUACCAGUUUCAUAGCAAGCCAGUGUUGGGAGCCCCCUACCACUGCACACCCAGAGCAGAUGUGAGCAUAACCCCAAGGGAAACAGCCAAACAUCUGGGGCACCUCCACUGAGCGGGGUACACGGAGUCCCUGGUGCUCUGAGACACGGCUUGUGAGGGAAAGGGAAGGUUCAUAAGGAGCAGCUGGUUCUCCUUGUGCAGAUAUUAGAGGGGAGAGAACCAGGAGACAAGGAGACACUCCUUUCCCCAUGUCCUCACACCUGGCCAGGCACAGAGCCUGUGACCUGCAGCACCAGCCCAGCCACAGCUCAUGCCAGGGCUGAGCACUGCUGACAGAGGGUGGCUCAGUAAGGUUUGAAGGACUGGAGCAGCUCCA